GGGCGAGGCCGGAGCGGCGUGGUGCGGGGGUGUGGGCGGCAUCUGAGGGAGGACAGGUCUCUGUCGGAACCGCCAUGUUCCCACCCAGCCUCCCGGUGCCAGGGCCCUGCGCGCCGGCUGGUCUUCCCUGGUCGAUUGCACCCACGGGUCUGCCUGGUCCGCGCAAGGGAGCCCAGACCCAGCACCAAGGGCCUCCGACCCAGCCAGCCAUCCGCUCCCCGACCCGACCCGCGGUGCCGCCCUUCCUGCUGCCAGUUCACAAUGGAAUCUGCGCUCUCACCAGGGAUCACCUCCUCUCACUGCCCCAGCCCUGUCUCCAGACUCCUCCCUUUCCCUCUCCACCCAGUCCCCAUGAGCUCAGUGGCCAGAGGCCAGUAUGGAUGCCAGGGGCAUAAAACUGCACACUUGGAGGGCUGGGUGGGGCUUGUGCCAGGAGACAUUGAUUCCCAACGCAGCCACAGGGUGGGAUCCAACUGGGUCUGGGUCUUGCCAAGACCCAUACAUCAGCCUGGACGCUGGGACUUCAGCCCUGCCUGGGGGUGCCAGCCUCCCCAGCACCCACAGCUCCUCCAGGAGACCUGCUGUGCCCACCCUCUUCCUCAGGCCCCUCCCAGCUCUUCAGUCUAUCCCCAUCACAUGGCCCAUGCUCUGCCGGUUUCCAAGCCCCUCAGCAGCCUCUGCUGGAGGGACAGGGGUGCUCAGCUUCCUGGUCUGUCUGGGACUCCUUGACCAUCUGACCACCAUGGCCCCUGCCCCAAGGGCAUCAGAGAAGAAAAGGGCCGUCCUUACUGAUGUUUAGGAAGCCAGGCCAUCAUGUGAUUUUUUUAAAUUUAAAUUUCCAGUUUUGGGAGGUCAUCAGUGAUGAGCAUGGGAUCGACCCCACUGGCAGUUACCAUGGAGACAGCGAGCUGCAGCUGGAGAGAAUCAAUGUGUACUACAAUGAAGCUGCUGGUAACAAGUACGUACCUCGGGCCAUCCUGGUGGACCUGGAGCCGGGCACGAUGGACUCGGUCAGGUCUGGACCAUUCGGCCAGAUCUUCAGGCCCGACAACUUCGUGUUUGGCCAGAGCGGGGCCGGGAACAACUGGGCAAAGGGCCACUACACAGAGGGCGCCGAACUGGUAGACUCAGUCCUGGACGUGGUGAGGAAGGAGUCAGAAAGCUGUGACUGUCUGCAGGGCUUCCAGCUGACCCACUCGCUGGGGGGUGGCACCGGGUCGGGCAUGGGCACGCUGCUCAUCAGCAAGAUCCGGGAGGAGUACCCAGACCGCAUCAUGAACACCUUCAGCGUGAUGCCCUCGCCCAAGGUGUCGGACACGGUGGUGGAGCCCUACAACGCCACGCUGUCCGUGCACCAGCUGGUGGAGAACACAGAUGAGACCUACUGCAUCGACAACGAGGCCCUGUACGACAUCUGCUUCCGCACCCUGAAACUGACCACGCCCACGUACGGGGACCUCAACCACCUGGUGUCCGCCACCAUGAGCGGGGUGACCACCUGCCUGCGCUUCCCCGGCCAGCUGAACGCGGACCUGCGCAAGCUGGCCGUGAACAUGGUGCCCUUCCCCCGCCUGCACUUCUUCAUGCCCGGCUUUGCGCCGCUGACCAGCCGGGGCAGCCAGCAGUACCGCGCCCUGACGGUGCCCGAGCUCACCCAGCAGAUGUUCGACUCCAAGAACAUGAUGGCCGCGUGCGACCCGCGCCACGGCCGCUACCUGACGGUGGCUGCGAUCUUCCGGGGCCGCAUGUCCAUGAAGGAGGUGGACGAGCAGAUGCUCAACGUGCAGAACAAGAACAGCAGCUACUUUGUGGAGUGGAUCCCCAACAACGUGAAGACGGCCGUGUGCGACAUCCCGCCGCGGGGCCUCAAGAUGUCGGCCACCUUCAUCGGCAACAGCACGGCCAUCCAGGAGCUGUUCAAGCGCAUCUCGGAGCAGUUCACGGCCAUGUUCCGGCGCAAGGCCUUCCUGCACUGGUACACGGGCGAGGGCAUGGACGAGAUGGAGUUCACUGAGGCCGAGAGCAACAUGAACGACCUGGUGUCCGAGUACCAGCAGUACCAGGACGCCACGGCUGAUGAGCAGGGCGAGUUCGAGGAGGAGGAGGUCGAGGAGGAGGCUUAAGAACUUGUCAGAGACACCGUGCCACGUCAGUGAAUUUCUGUUGUCCUCAGUGAAGCAUGGUCUUUCUAUUUGUAUCUAUGGUGCUCAGUUUUGCCUCUGUCAGAAAUUCACACUGUUGAUAUACUAAUGUGGCACGCCUCUAAAAAUUAAGGUAUAUACUAUACUAAUUAAAACGCAUGUGUCCAAUA